GGCAGUGGCUUUGCUCCAGUUGCAGGCAGGAGGUUGCAUUUUCAUUGCAGCGGGGUUGCUGGUGAGGAGUCUGAAGUCUGUGUCUGCUUGACAGGCGGCUGUGUUUGAGCUCCUUUUCCCCCCCCUUAAGCAUUUAACUGUUGAUCUGAAGCAUGGCUCCUCCCAAGAAAGGAGAGGUGACAGCCGAGGAGAGUGAAUUACUGCAAGUCAUUUCUGAAGGAAAUGUUCAGGAGGUUGGAAGGUUGCUAGGCAGUAAAAAUGUCCGUGUCAACUGUUUAGAUCAGCAUGGAAUGACUCCUUUGAUGCAUGCUGCAUAUAAAGGCAAAGCUGAGAUGUGCAAGCUACUCCUGCAACAUGGUGCAGAUGUGAAUUGCAAUGAACAUGAGCAUGGUUAUACAGCUCUUAUGUUUGCUGGACUUUCAGGUAGCAAAGAGAUAACAAGGAUGAUAUUGGAAGCUGGAGCUGAAACAGAUGUUGUAAACUCUGUUGGACGAACUGCGGCACAGAUGGCUGCCUUUGUCGGCCAGCAUGACUGCGUAACUAUUAUCAACAAUUUCUUUUCUCGUGAAAGAUUGGACUGCUACACAAAACCACAAGGCCUUGACAAAGAACCCAAGCUGCCAGUCAAAUUAGCGGGACCCUUGCACAAGAUCAUCAUAACAACAAACUUACACCCUGUUGCGAUUGUGCUCAUGGUUAAAGAAAAUCCUUUACUGACAGAUGUUGAGGCACUGGGCAAGUGCUAUAGAGUGUUGGACCUCAUAACUGAAAAGUGUAUGAAACAAAGGGAGAUCAAUGAAGUGCUGGCAAUGAAGAUGCACUACCUCAGCUACAUCUUUCAGAAGUGUAGCAGUUUCUUAAAGGAACAAGAAAAUACACUUGAUGGGCUUAUUAAAAGCUUGUUAAAAGGACGUGACACAGAUGGUUUCCCAUAUUACCAAGAGAAAUUUAUAAGAGAAUGUAUCCGGAAGUUUCCAUGGUGUGAAGCCACGCUUCUACAGCAGCUUGUAAGAACCAUUGCUCCUGUUGAAAUAGGCAAUGAUCCAACAGCUUUGUCUGUGCUGACCCAGACCAUAACUGGCCAAGUUGGCUUCAUGGAUGCUGAAUUUUGUACUGCUUGUGGUGAAAAGGGAGCUGAUAAAAGGUGCUCAAUCUGCAAAACGGUGAUAUAUUGCAACCAAACCUGUCAGAAGAUGCACUGGUUCACUCACAAAAAGGUGUGUCGAAAGCUGAAAGAUUCAAGAGAAAAACAAGAAGCCAAAGAAAAAUCAAAGCAGAAAGAAGGGAAAAACAACACUUCCGAAACCAGUGUAGAUGAAGCUGAAAUUGUUCCAGAACCUACAGAGUCCUCCAGCACCCUACUCCCAAGCUCUGAGGGUGGCCCAGAUUCUGGGGAUGUUGGUACAGGCGUGACAGCAGAAACUAAAACUCCACAGGAAGAGCUCACCACAAAAGGAGAGUCCAGUCCUCCGGCACCCACGCACACAGCUGAAGAAUAAAGUAGAUGUAAUAAAGCCCUGGCUUUCCUCCAAUUUUUGUAGUGUAUGAAGCAUAAUCCAACCUACAUUUAGCAACAAGGUCAUUGCUCCCACCGCAUGACAGAAGCAGGGGUAUUGCAUUCUGUUUAUUGUGCACCAAAGGAAUUACUUGCUUUAAUUAUGCCUCCUCGUCUGCAUCAUAGCCACCUGCUGCCGACAGAGAGCAAACCAAGCAACACUCUUAUCUAAAGAGGUCAGUAGGAUUUGCUGUCACCCAUAGUUAAUUCAUUAACUGGAACAGGUGGAUCAUUUACUGCUUAGAGACAUCUAAAUGAUUGAAUCUAAAAUCCAUUCAGAUUAAUCUAGACAAAUUUGCUGAAACAUAUCAAAAUAUACACUAUAUGAUUUGAGAAAAUAGUGUGGUAUGAUUUGCUUUACAAUGGUUACGCAGUUAAGAUCAAAAUGAACCAAACCGCCUUCAUAUGAAAAAUUUUAAAGGUUCCCAGUAUUGCCAGUCCUAGGGAAAAUGUUAGUUAAGCAGUUUUGCUCUAUGGUUAACAUUGUUGGUGUUUUCAUUAGAUAGGUUAUUUUUCACAAAAAUGCAUUUUCACUUCUAGUGUAUAUUGAAGAUCAAAAUAGAUUUUGGAACUGCUAAGUUCAAAUGGGUCCAAAUGCUUGUUAACAGUAAAUUUGUUAUUUUUUUGUUUGUUUUUGGAUUCUUCUCUACUCUUUCUGCAGCCUCCCUUUCUCCACAAUAACCCAGCCCCGAAAUAAAAUUACCUGAUUAACUGGUAUAUCACUUAUAGUUGUAUCAAUACAAUCAACUUAAACUCUUGAACCAGCACAACUGGUACCUCAAUCCAAAGACUGUAACUAGAAAUUGUGUGCUUCUGUAAGAAUUGAAUCACAAAUUUAAUAUGACCCAGUAAAACAUGUUUUUCUACCCAAAAAAAACUGGAUUAUUGUCAAAUUAACUUGUAAAUGGAUAUGUUGUAGUCUGAAUUAUGCGUGGUAUUGUGGGAUACUACCAGCAUUUGUAAAAUUUUGUGCAGUAGUAAUAUUUUUUCCAUUUUUUUGCUGCAUCCUUGUAUAUUCACCAAUGUGCCUACUCAACUGACAAACUCUCUUUUUUGUGUCAUAUUUUAUGGUCAUGGUUUAAUUACUUAAUGCUAAAUUAAAGUAUAGCUAUUAAUUACAUUAUCAGACACUAACAUUCAUGGAAGCAUUUUCUGUUGAAGUGGAGCCUGUUUCAGUCUUUCAUGGAAUAAUAAAUUGAAAUUUUACAUGCACCAAUACAAAUUAAAAAUUGAUAAAAUUUAACUUCAAAUCGCUUGUCACUGUAAGAUUGUUAUUGCAUCAAUAACAGUAUUGCUUUGCAUGCAGUGAACAUUUAUUAGCUGUACAUGGUAGAUAUUAACAAUGAUUAAUUCUUAAAAAGAUGGGGCUUGAUUAACCACUGCUAAGAGAGAGUGUGGCCUAUUUUUAGAUCUGUCAGGAGGCAUGAGGUAGGAGAUCUUUACUCAGCCUUCCUUUUCCACUACAGGGAGAUGUAUGAGUCCAAACCAGAAAAGAAAUUCAUUCAUACUUUACAUGGGAACCUUUCCCACUUGAAGUGACCAUCUCUAAAAGUCCUGUUUGGCCUUGCAUGAAUUUGCAAUGUUUUAUGAUUUUUUUUGUCUUUUUUUUCAGUCUUGUCAUACUUCAGAGUUUCAUUUUAUUAUUUACUAGUAGAUACUCCCCAAAUGAAAACAAUAUUUUAUUAAAUAUUUACUGAAGGCAUUGUAACAUUCACACACUGGGUAAAUAGGAAGUUGGUUUAAUGCAGAAGUUAUUUUUGCUGUAUAAUUUACCAUAUCAUUUGGUUUUAGUUCUGUGUUUGGUAUUUUCAAAAUAAUUCUUGCUGUAUUAGCUACAGAAAUAAAAUUACUAUUUUGGAUAGGCAGCUGAUUAUUUUCCUGUUGCUUUAAUGCUGCUGUACAUGUCUGAAUAUACUGUGGUCUUAUUUAAAAUGCAUCCAAUACCUGAGCAUUUACUUUAUUGAAGCAUCAACACCACACUAAUGCUUCUUGUUAGAAAGACACAUAGAGUGUAUUUGUGAUUUAGCCUCCCAGACUCCAAUACUUAUUCAUGGUGUAAUUUAUAUUCUUUGUGUUCCACAUUGCGAUGGCUGCCAGAUACCUGUACUCUUGGUUUACUGUAACAUCUGUAACACUUGAUUUGUGAUCUAAAAUAUGUCUGAUGCUUAUGUAGGUCUGAAAGUGGAAACAUUUGUGUUUUUUUCUCAUGGGAGAUUGUUAAAUAAAAUGAGAAAUGUAGUGGCUUUGGAAUUUUUUGUGGAACUUUAAUUGUACAAUUUGACCGCCAAUCUUGGAAUUUAAACUUUGUGGCCUUGUUAUGGUUCAAGGUUCUCAUUUAAGAAUUAGUUCAUUGUUUUGUUUCAGGUAAACAUAAUUUUAAGUACUGUGCAUUAUCAGUGACAUUUCAUGUGCUGCAAUAACAAAAUUGCAGUUACUUGAGAAUUUAUGAAUUUGUUUCCCUUUUUAUAAUAAACUUGAUGUAAGCCA